AUGUCCCUUAUUCUUUUAUGGAUUAUUAUAUUAUCGGAAUUUUUAUGUGAAGCUUUAGGACAAAUUGACAUAAUGUCUAACAGUUCUUACGAUUCCAAUACAACAACAAACUGUUAUUCUCCUUUUAUAUGGUAUUCAGGAAGUAUCGAAGAUGACAUGAUAUGUAAUGGAAGUUGUUGUUUAAGUUGUCCUUAUUUAGACAAUUUUUAUCCUGAAAAUAAAAUAAGAAAGGCAUUUGAAAUAUUUGCAAUAUUUGGAAUUAUCUCUUUCUUUUUAAUGUUCCUUUUAUCUGUGAUCUUUUUACUUUUACCAAGUCAAAGAAGAAAUCCUACGGCAAAGCAACUCUUGUUACCUUUGGCAUUGAGUGUCUGUUAUUUCGAAGGUUCAGAGUUCUUUACGAUACAGCAACAAAAUAGUCAGUGCAUCAACGAUAUAAGGAGAGCAAAUUUAGACAAUCCUAUGUGUGCAGCUCAAGCGUAUGCAAUAGCAAUUUGUUCCUCACUUUUGAUGAUACAUCUUCAUUUAAUAUCAAUGUGGAAAUCCGACUUUAUAACUAGACAUAUAAGAGUUUUUCACGCGUUAACUAUUGUCAUCACAUUAACUGCCGCCAUACUACCGAUGAUAUUAAAUAAAGUUGAAGCAACCAAUAUUUGUUUUAUUUCUAUAGAAUAUUCCCCAAUAUAUUUUCUUCCUUUGUCUUUUAUUUAUCUUGCACUUUUUUUGCAUGUGAUAACAUUUAUUUAUAUGGCUAAAGUUACUUUCAAAGCAAACUGGAGGAGAGAAGUUGAUAAUAGAACAACAGUAAGAAUGUCGUUUUUUGAAGCGCAACAAACUUUAACACAUGUAAGAAAUAUAAUUCGAAUUCAAUGGCGUGCAUCAUUAGGCGCGUUUUUAAUGUUAACUGUUUACUUGAUAAACUGGAUCUUUUACACAUAUAAAAUACCUCAUAUCAAAAACGAGAUGGGAUCUGAUUGGGCUCAACAAUGGAUUCAAUGUCUCGUAAAUGGAUCUCAGUCAACUUGCGCAACUUAUGCUGAUAAUCAUGUUCCAAGUUAUAAUUGGAUAAUAUCAAUAUUAUUCUUUAAUCGAUUUUGUGGUAUUUCAAUAUUUUUUCUUUUUGCUGGAAAAAAGAUGAUAUUCAUAGAAUUAUGGAGUUGUAUAACAAGAAAACCAAGACCGGCAUCAAUGCAUUCUAAUUCAUCAUCAGUUAAUGAAGGGAGGCGCUCAAAUACGAAGAGUUCAAUUAAGAGGACAUUAUCUAUUAUUUCAAUAUCAUCUAGUAAAGGACGGGAAAAUACACCUGUAUCGACAUCAUUAAAUUCAAGUUUAAGUGCACCUUAUCCAACUUCUAUCUUAAUGGGUUCAAAUGAAGAUUAUCCAUUUAAAGUUGAAAAAUCUUCAAAACGUCUUACUUUCUCUUCAUACACAACUGAUAAUAAUUAUGUAAUCGAACCUGUUAAAACUAGGAAUUCAUUAACAUAUGUUACAACAAAAUAUGUUAAUCAAAAUGAAACGUUCGAUAAUGAAGAAGAUUCAUUAGCGGAAAUAAUCGAAAAGUAUAAAACUUCUGAUAAUAAUGAUAAUAAUGAAAUUAUUGACAUUAAUGAAAAUAAUGAAAUUAAGAAAAAUAAUGAAAUUAAAAAAAAUAAUGAAAACAAUGAAAAUAAUGAAACUAAUGAAAAUAAUGAAAAUAAUGAAACAAUCUUAACAAUUUCUCCUCCACAAGAUAAUGAUACAAUAUCAAAUAAUGACAAUAGCAAUAAUAUUUCAACAAUACAAUUAUAG